CACAUAAAGAAACCUUCUAAACCACCAAUAUGACAGACUCCAUAAGUGGUAGUAAUUUCAUAGCAAUAGCAAUCUGGUUUGCACCCUCUCCCCUUUUCAUCUUUGUAAACCUUGUCAUCGGUACCAUAGCUCUCGUUUCUUGCUUCAAUGCUGCACCCAAAAUCAAAAUCAUCCAGCGUGUCAAGUCCUUUAAUACCCGUCACUACUACAAUAAUCACCAAGAACAAACAUCUAGUGUUACAGAACCCGAGUGCACUCAACCCCAGCUCGUUCAAAUACCAUGCAUCUUAAAGCAUGUAGUGUCCUUCAAUCUCUCCCUUCAUAAACUUGCACCACCUCACGUAAAAACACAUUACGUUCAACCAGAAACCGAAAACUCAGUAACAAAACUUGAUCCAAAACUGGUUUGUGAUUUGGGUGAUGAGGAGAAGAGGGAGGUGGAACUGAAGAGAUCGGUGAGCGAGAAAGAGUGUUCGAUGACGUUGGACUGGGAGGAGGAGGAGGAUGAAGAAGCGUUGGAGAGAAGGAGGCCUUCAACCACGAUGGCGAGAAGUGAAACGACGACGUGUGGAGAAGAUGAAGGGGUUGACGCAAAAGCUGAUGAUUUUAUUAUCAUGUUUAAAAAGCAAUUGAAGUUGCAGAGGCUUAAUUCUUUAAUCCGUUACAGAAACACUCUUCUUACACUUCCCUUUGAAUAGUGGUAGUUGUCCAUGGAUACCAUGCAAAAUAAAAAAAGAA